UUCAAUAUCUAUUCAGAAUCGUGGUUAGAUCCCAAUAUAUAUAUUCGACCCUGACUAGAAAAUCGAAAAAGGGUCUUGAUAGCAUAGCUUGGCCGUCGGUUCCUACUCCGUCCGAGCCCCUUGGCGAGCACCGCGGCCGACCGAAGCCCAGCCAGGCCCCUACAUAUCUACAUGACGACGAGCAACCAGAGGAUGAUGGACAACGCGUCCAUACUGCCGGACGAGACGCUGCUGGAGGUCCUCCUGCGCCUGCCCGUGAAAGCAAUCCUCCGCUUCCGCGCCGUGUGCCGCAGCUGGGCCGCGCUGCUCUCCUCGGACUCCUUCUGCGACCUCCACAUGGCCAAAAACGCCGACAGGGAGCCGCCAGCGCUUCCCGAGCUGCUCUACUUAACGCCGUGUCGAAGCUCCAUCGCCACAGAGCUGCGCUGCAGCAGCGACGGCCGCCUGCUGCUCACCGUCAAAGACGUCAUCCGCCAGUUCGCGAGCAUGACGCCCGUGCCGUGCCGCGGCCUCACCUUGCUGCACCACGAUGCCCGGCAUCAGGACGACUACUACCUCUGCAACGCGGCCACACGAGCGGUCGCCAAGCUGCCGCCUUGCCACGACCAGCCCCAAGUUUGCUCGGCCGGCCUCGGGUUCGACGCCGCCACGAGGCAGCACAAGGUGGUCAGGCUGUUUGCCGUCCAGUGGGCGGAAGACGUCCGCGACGCCAUCAAGUGCGAGGUGUUCACCGUGCCUGGGUCCGGUGACCGCUGGAGGCCCGCUGCCGGAGGCCUGCGCCUGCCCUCGGCGUUCUGCGAGUUGGGCUGUGCCGCUAUCGACACGGCGUUAUCGUUCAGCCUCAUGCCGGUGUUCGCGGACGGGUUCCUACACUGGAUCAUCCUCCCCAUAUGCAAGUUCAUGGACGCAGCCGUGCUGUCCUUCUCUCUCGCGGAUGAGACCUUCAGUUUGGUCGCGUCACCGUCACCCUUCGUUGGAUCGCACCUGGUGGAGCUUGAUGGCAGGUUGUGUGCCGUCCAGGAACUUCCGUAUCGUCGCUUGACGGAGAUCUGGAGCGAGAAGGAGUACGGAUCUGGUGACUGGUCACUGGAGCAUCGGAUUGAUCUGGCGCAGCGUGGUGGAAAAGAUUUGAUCGAGGCAGAGGAGCAUGUCAGAGUUCUUGGCGGUUGCAGACCUGGAAAGAAACUCGUCUUUGUCACGUCCAAAGGCAAGGUGAUUGCCUGUGAUCCGACGUCUGGAACUCUAGAAACUAUCCUUCAACUGCAAGGAAAUCGUCAUCCAGAUAGUAGAAAUGUCACAGAUGUUUGUUUGUUACAAGAGAGCCUUGCUCCGGUGCAUUAAGCGCGAUAAAGAAAAAGACUUGGUUUGUUCUGAGUUAACUUGACUUGAGUUCUAUAUAUAUGGAGCAUCUACAUACGUAAAUCCACAUAGCUUGCAGGAAUAGAAUGUAUACAUGCGUAUGUAACAAAGUUGCGACACUUGAUAUAGGACGGAGGGAGAACUAUUUUUCGGUUGUAGAUAAUAGUGCAUUUUCUAUAAACUUGGUCACACUUUAAAAAGAUUUGACACCCCAACCACACUCCAACCAGAAAUCAUGCUCAUGCUUCCACUUGAAGAAACAUCUUGGACGAAGACAAACCAUUCCUUUCAAAAUUUCCUCGGACAUGUUCUCUCUCUUCUUAGCUUUCCGAAUGACUGCAUCUUUAUCAUGUUUGCAUUCAUCUAAGAAAUGCUUUGAUAUAGAAACAAGGGGUAGGGAACACAUGUCAAAAGACGAAUAUCCUGAAGGGUUUGUUUCAGAAUAUGCCCAGACGAAUUGAUGAGCUCUCAUUUUUGCACAUGAAAGUCUUAUGAGAACGGCUAUUCAGAAUAAACACGAAAUGGUUGGACAGAGAUAUGAAAAGAUAGAAAGAUGUUACACAUGGGCAGACGCAUUCUCAGAGCGAGAUUUCUGGGCCCAUCAGUCGUUCCUC